UCCGAACCACCAAGCUCAGUCAUCACCAGAACUCAGGCGACUCCUGUCAUCGAUCGCCGCUAUCUGGGAAACUUGCGAACAACCACACGAAGCCGGCCAUCUCUUCCCAUCGCCAGACCGGCGAGAUGGACCCAUAUGGAAACUACGAUGGCAUGGACGCCGAUGAUGCCGGACCGAAAGUGACCAUCCGUGAGACCAACAAAACUACCAUCAAAUUCGCCCUCUCCAACACCAGCCUCGCAUUCGCCAACUCGAUCCGCCGCACAAUGCUCGCCGAAAUCCCCACCAUCGCCAUCGAUCUCGUCGAAGUCGAAGCCAACACAUCCGUCCUCGCCGACGAAUUCCUCGCGCAUCGUCUCGGUCUCAUCCCCCUCAGCACAAAAGGCGUUGAAGAAAUGGUCGACUGGCGCGACUGCGACCAAUGCGACGAACACUGCGAUCAAUGCAGCGUGAUCCUCCGCCUCAACGUCGCGAAUCGAUCCAGCGACCAAAACCUCAAAGUCUUCGCGCGCGACCUCUUUGUCGAAUCCGGCGCGAACGCAGGCUACAAUCGCUCAAAUGGGAUGGGAAAUUCCUCUGACGAACUGCCCGAGCGUGGACGCCCCAUCGUAAUGGAUCGGGACAACCAAGGACCUCUCAUCUGCCAACUGCGCCGCGGACAAGAGAUCAAAUUAAAAUGCAUCGCCCGCAAGGGCAUUGCGAAAGAGCACGCGAAGUGGGCACCGACGGCAGCCAUUGGCUUCGAAUACGAUCCUUGGAACAAGCUCCGUCACACAACACUAUGGUAUGAGACAGAUGCGAAAGCGGAGUGGCCGCGACCGGAGAAGAACGGUGGAUGGGAAGAGGAGCCGCAAGAAGGAGAACCAUUCAACUACGCAGCGGAGCCCUCAGCAUUCUACAUUGAACUCGAAGGAACAGGCGUCAUGCCGCCAGAUCAGAUUCUACAUUCGGGCAUCCGUGUAUUGCAGAACAAAUUGGCGGGCAUCAUCACGGAACUGGACUCAGAAGCAGCAGGACAGGACGCGAAUGGGUUUGGCGGUGGGUUCAGUCCACAAGACGGUAUGGCAAAUGGAGGACAAAAUACACAAUACGGCGGACAGAGUGCGUAUGGUGGAAACACGGCGUAUGGAGCGCAGACGCCGGCGUACGGUGCUACAAGCGUAUAUGGACAGGCGACACCAUAUGGACAGCACGGACAGCGGCCAUACUGAGCAGGCGACCAAGGAUGAGGGUCUUUAAGUGUACUAGUACGGAAGGGCAGGGACUCUUGCAGCGAUGGCGUUUGCUUGGGUGGCAUGAAGAUCUAGAAGGAAGCAUCCCUGGUGCAUUAAAUCCACAGGCCUUGUGGCCUGGAGGCGCAGUGUCGGCUUGGAGGCCGCAAUGCGGACAAUUUGGGCGGGAGCGGCCAAGGUUCGACUGACGGCGUGGAGCGCUUGAAUCUCCGUACGGCAAGACCUCUCAGCAGUCACACGAAAAAAGCUGAACUGCCGGCCGGCAAUCAAAGCUUUGCCAUGGCGUGAGUGACUUGGCAGAAGCAGUUGCAUGUCUGCGACUGCCCCAGAUUGAGGACACAGUAGCGCAGACUGGGGCCGAAUGCGCCCAUGGAAGAGGAAACGGGACUCGGUCUUGAGAGAUGGUACAGCGCGAUAUUCAUAC